CAUGAAAAAGUUGAGAGGGAAGAUGGGGGCAUCGCUUCAAAAAUCUCACAUUCCUUUUCAGUCUUCUUUUCCUUGAAGUUUCUGGGUAAUUUUUGUUAGAGAAUUUAACAAGCACAAGUGGAAAUUGGUGAGAUUGUUGUUGCGGAUACGAUACUGUUUACUAGCUUCAUAGACCACUGACACAUUAAGCAUCCAACUCACAAGUCCGAGUCACCGACAGUGACGCAAUGGGCGACAAGGAUUCCAUUUGUAGCCACAGCUCCCCAGAGGAGGAUGGCCUGAUGGAGAUAGAGCGUGUCAUGUCACCAAACGGUGACGAUAGUAGGAUGGACGAAAACAAAGAGACUGGGAUACUGCGACGAUCGAAUAGCGCCCCCAUGUUUGACGGCCCUAACAUGAGUGAUGAAUCGCCAGUGUUUCAGCCAAUCAGAGAAAGGGAAAGAGUUCGACGAUUCAGUGCCAACAUGUCUGGGAACGCCAAGUCAGCCAAUGUGACUACACCAGUUCGGGUGCCGUCUCGUAUCAGACAAAUCCAACAAGAGGAGAGCCUAGAUGUCCGAAGCAGAGAAGCUGAGCACGAAAGGGAGGUGCAGUCUGCGUUCCAGAUCAGCCAUUCAUGUGAUGAAAUGAGUCUGGGUGAAAGUAUCAAAGCGUUAAGAUCUGACGAAAAGUCGGCUUCAUUCUCGGAACCUUUAAGAAUCUUUACUUCAUCUCUUCCAGUCCCUUCAACCCCAUCUCCAAAUAGGGAGAGAACCCCUGGGAAGCAAUGCUUUUCCCCAUCGAUGCAAAUAUCAAUGCGAAACAACUCUCUGACCCCGAGCCCCAUCCCGAGCCCCACCAGGCAAACAUCAAGAGUACGCAGUAUGAGCCCUGUACUCAAGCCCAGCUUGCUGAACCUCAAGAGGAAAUAUGAUAGCGAUAGCGAUGCUACACCACCAAAGAGACAAUUAUUGUGCUCGCCAUCACACAACAGCAGCAACCAAAGUAUAUGCAGUCUGAGCUCGGAUGAUGCCAGUCCCCCUCAAAGAAAUCUGAACAACUCAACAUCUGGCCUGGCCACCCCCGUCUCAACAAGUGGAUCGGUCUUUGCUUUUGCAAUGGGUGACACACAUCUAUGACACUAAGCAUCAUCCACUUCUGAAAAGAGGGGGUGACUUUGUAGGUAUAUGUUUGUCCUCGUGUUUACGUGAACUCAUCUAAGAUGAAAAAAGUUUUGUGUCCAUCUCUUAUCGUCGGCCGCUAUGGUCUCCAAAGGACAGUAUUAAUACUGCUAACUAAAGGGCUGUUAAAUACACCCAAACCACACAGUGCACUCCUUUAACGUGUUUUAGGACACGCAACGUGAACACGCUUGACAUUUGGUUUUAUUUUUGCUUUUAAAUGGUGACCCUGGCAGACAGAAGCCACAUGUGACAUGAGCACAAGGGGUCGAUAGAAGAAAAUGUUAUAUUUGAUGAGAUUUCACCGUACAAUUGUUGUCGACUUUGAUAUAAAGAAAGGAGGCACGGUUCAAUGCUUUGUUCUGUUGUUAUUUUUUACAAUUUUAUGUGCGUAUUGUGAUAUAAUAUUAGGGUCGGUGUAGUGGUUUUCUUUUCUCGCCUUCUUCUACCUCUAGGACCCCGGUUGGAAUCUUGCCUGGGGAUGUUAUGUGGAGUGGGUUUUCAAUCCCUACCCGACUGCCUUGGUUUUCCCUGAAAUAAUUCUAUGGGUUUUUCCUCCCACAUAAUAAUAAUAAUAAUAACCAAUUCUUAUAUAGCGGUUUUCACAAUAAUCGUAUCAAUGCGCUUUACAUUAGUGCCCUGGUCAUAGGGCCAUUAACGCCUCUUUUUAAUGUUCCUCAGCUCCCUUGGGAGUAUACAACCUGGGCAACAGUUUAUAUCGCUCCAAAGGCUUUUGCAUUCACAAUA